AUGGACGUACCAGAAAAUCUACAGCCAUGGACAGAUAACACGACGAGGUUUGAGGCUGAUUUGGAAAUGGUCCAGGCGCUGGCGAAUCCGCGGUACCUUGAAUAUUUGGCACAUCGUGGGUUCUUCGAAGAUCCUGCUUUUCUGAAUUAUCUGCAAUAUCUGGAGUACUUUCAGAAAGUCGAGUAUUCCAAGUUUCUGACAUACCCCAAUUGCCUCCAGUUCUUGACGUUACUGAAGCAGCCAAAGUUCAGAGAUGCGUUGAAGAAUCCGGCAAAGGUGAACGAGAUCAACGAUGCCCUGUUCUUCAACUACAACAACCGCUAUCAAGCAGAAGAGGAUGGUGUGAAGAUGGAAGAUGUGGAGGAUGGUGUUGUUGUAAAGGAAGCACAACCAUGAUAUGAGGAUGAACAAGCUUUAGGUUUGACAGAUCACGCUGGACGUUUCUGUUGAUCAAACUAGGUUUCAUCGGGAGAACUAUUAUCCGUGGUCCUGCGGGUCAGAGUAACGAUCAAGUGACAUUCUCGGUACGCGAGGUUGGGCAGAGUGCUCAAUUGGCCGGUUGUCCUACCCGGCUAAUCGAUUGCAGUGUCAUCCAUUGCGCAAUCUACGUGUUCCCAUAGCAAUUGCUCAUAGCAGGAUAAAGCUGCUUUCCCACCCCACCCAAAGGCAAUUUGGUUUGCCGGUGACAAAUAUGAAUUGCGGUCUUUCUCCACAUCAUCGAUCCGUCCCAGAUUGCCAGGUGCAGAUCAGUCGGCAGCUCCUCCGAGCAAACCAGGUUUCCUCGGAGCUCGAGGUAUACACAUGUAGGGACGGCACCACCGGCAGCACCACCGGCA